GUGACGCCACAGCAAGCUCGCAAUAUCGUUCAAAGAGUUUUGAAGAACGAUUCUGUCGAGGAGCAGUUGACAUCUAUGCUGGACACUCUAGACAAACACGAAGACCAUGAUGUGCUUGUGCUACGAGAUCAAAACGAUGUUACGUGUGGCGUUGUUAUACAGACUGCAGUUCAGAAGAUUGCAUUUAAACAGUGGGGCGAAACUUUAUGCAUGGAUUGGACUUACGGUACAAAUAACUUGGGCUUCCACCUUGGCAGUUUACUUGUUACAAGUUCAACGGGUCGUGGUGUGCCUGUUCUUGAUUUCAUCGCACUGGAUGAAAAGAUGGGAACCAUUGAGGUUAUUCUGGAGUUUUUUUUUUAAUCUCUCAAUGAUCUAUGGAGUGCGAUUGAGACAGUGGUCAUUGAUAAAGAUUUUAAGGAGUGGAGGAUAUUGGAGAAGUGUUUUCCGGAGGCGACGGUAUUACUAUGUCAAUUUCACGCGAUGAAAACGUGGAAGAAGAUCGUGAAGACCAUAAAGUAUGGCUUGAACGGUAUUCAGCAAGAUGAGGUUGAAAAUGCCAUCAUGAAGAUGAUGUAUAGCACCACAUCGGCC